AUGUCGGCCCUCGUCCGACCCAUGUGGACGGUGCCGCUAACCACUCAAGCCUCCAUAUCCCAGAUCAACAAAAGAAGAUUGGAGUUCGGCGUGGAUGUAGAAACGUUUAGAACAAACGAAAGACGCCUGGAGCGUAUCAGCAGUGAAGGCUCCAUGGACGAGGAAGAAAUCCACGGCAAGCGAAGACGACGGCUCUUAGAUGACGAACGAAGAGAUGAACCCGACAUCCGCCGCCGUCCGUUACCCAUGCACAGACCGCAAACUCUGCGACAACCCGAAGAAGAUGACGAAACACUAAUCCGAGAAACGCAAGCAGCAUUAAGAACACUGUCUGGCAACUGGAAUCGGGAACCACCGCAACAACACAAUCCCGAAGAAAAUGACGAUGCCAAUGGUUUCGAAAACUUGUUUGACGACAAACGAUCAGAAAAAAUGCAGUCUUCCCCUUCCCAAUCUUCCGAUAUGUCUCAAAAAAGUUACUCGACACACCAUCAAGCUCAACAUAUGAAUGGAAUCAAUGAGCACGAGACCAAAACCAACCUUAUCACGAUACAAUUAGAAAAAUGUGAAGAGUACGAUAGACUCAGUAGACAAUCUAAUCAGUAUGGAGCGCCAAAUUUCGACGAACUCGUCGACUCGUCUUCCAACGAACUAGAAAUAGAUAUGUCUGAUCGAUGUGAUGACAGAUACGACGAUGACAGGGAUAUUAAGCCAAAACGAAAAAGUGAAAUGGUAACAGUAAACAAGCAAUCGUUAUACAACGCCUACAAGGCUGCUACGGCAGCUUUACCGUAUUCCACGCAGUCAGCCUUCAAACCGCCAGCCGAAGUGAAACAUAGAAUCCACAACUCAUCAUUACCGAGUGAACCUUUUGGAGGGUACUCGAACGACCACGAUAGGAAGGAGCACAAGGGGUCGAAGCAGUACACGGUGCUGCAGCCCGCGGGUGCCGGGUCCCGCGCGGCGACGGCGCUGCAGGAAGCGCGCGCCGUGCCCUCGGCGCAGCCAGCACGCGACUCGCGGCCGCUGAACGCGCUCUCCCCGCCGGCACGAGAAGGCAACAAGUGUCCCACACCCGGGUGCAAUGGGCAGGGCCACGUCACCGGCCUAUACACUCACCACAGGAGUCUGUCAGGAUGUCCAAGAAAGGAUAAAGUCACUCCGGAGAUACCACACAGUUCAAUAUCGCAGCCACCAAUUGCGAUCAGCCAGGAGAGUGUAGCGAGUUCUUCGGGUAGCAUUUCUCGGGACCGCGAGGCAUCGCCUCGCAGCCCCGCCGUGAAGCGAGAGGGCGAGCUGCUGGUGCCAAAGCGCGAGGCCGCCGAGCCCGAGCGCGACUCCCCCAGCAUGGAGACGCGCCACGCCGGCUACGGCGCGCCACCCGACCAGAGGUCCCCGUAUGAAAGACCUCCCGAUGACCACGUUCGGUCGUACAGUCAAAUGAACGAGGCGAGGUACGGCUACGAGUCGCGGUGCUACGAAGGAGCUCCGGCGUUUGAGCGCUACGACCCCGCGCAGUGCCCCCAACGGCCCUACGGCUGGGAAGAAGAACGCUACCAUGACCCCCACUUACCUACUCCCAUGAAAACCGACCAGUCUGAACAAGAAACCAGCUCAGGACCCAUAUACCCUAGACCAAUGUACCACUACGAGACUGGUAGCGGCGUAGGUGCGGUGGGUGGCGUCGCGGCGAUGGGCCCCGGCGUCCCGCCCGGCUUCUCCGCGAUCAACUUGUCUGUGAAGAUCGCCGCGGCGCAAGCACAGCGACCUCGGAGCCCCACGCCCCGGGAUCCUCGCGAUCCUCGCCCCGCCAUAGAUCUUUCCACUUCUAGUGGUAGUCCACAGGGUCCAUACGCAUCUCCGGUGUACACAAGCGCCGGUGGUGGCAGCGGGGGCGGUGCUCGAGGCAGCCCGCAGCCGGGAGCUUCGCCUCAGCUCACAGCCAGCCCUCAAGUGCCCAGUCCGCAGGGCCAAACUCUCGACCUUAGCGUUUCCCGUUUACCACAUAGUCGAGGUUUCCCCGGCGGAGUCUCCUACAGUCGAGAAUCAACUCCAGACAGUGGUGGCAGCCAUCCGUACCUUGAAGCUUACCAUCGAGACACCGCCGGUUAUGGUGGUGUCAGUCCACAUCCAGUAGCGGGUUACGGGCUGGCUCAGCCGGAUUACGCGGCGGCGGCCGCGGCGGCUGGCUAUGGCGGCUACCAGUACCAAUGUGGAGCGUACCCGCCGCCACCAGCGUACCCGCCGCAUGCACCGCCGUACUCCCCACCGUGCUACAUGCCACCCCCACACGCCCCGCACGACAAACCCAAAGAUAGCAGGUGA